UACUACUAUUAUUUAGUUAAAGCUAAGCAGACACAUCAGAAGAAGGGCAAGAAGAAAACACAAGAGAAUAAAGAGAUAAUUGAAAAGGCAAAAGAAAAAAAAAUGAGAAAAAGGAAAAGUAGAGAAAACUGAAAUGUGAAAAAGCUCAAGAAGACGGUCGCCGGCUCGCUGCUCAUAUUUUCAGCUUCCCCUCCGAACCACCACCAUCCCGAUCGCCGCCUUCCGCCGUUAUAUCCGGCGGGACAAUCCACGUCCGCCGUUGAACACCGAAAAGGCAUUUCUUUUCUUAAAUGCAGGACAGCACAUGCUACUAAUCAUUCAUAUACGCGCAUACAUUUCGGAUUAGGUACCAUGAAGAAUAUUUAUUUGGAUCCUGGGUUAUCUUCUUAAAUCCUGCGACUUUCGUAUUGUUAGGCUUUUUCGUUCUUCACCUUUAAACCUCAAUAUGCAGAAGAGUGUCAGUCUAUCUAAGCAUAAUUCUCUGAGACUGACAACUCAGCAAUCGCUUCGUCGACUAGGUCUUUGUUCUCAAGCGCCAACUGGACAACAAACGUCACCUGUUGUGUUCCCCGAAAAACGUAAUAGCAGAGGGAAAGCUGCAAGUACUAACAAUGAUAAUCCUAAUGAGGUUAAGAGGGAUGAACUUAGGAUUGAUGUUGGAGACGAAAAGUCUGACUUACUAGGAUAUGAAGUAUUCUCAGGAAAACUUUCUCUGGACAAAAGGAAAUCUUGUAAAAAUCUCGAGGUACAAACUUCGGAGAGUUCAAAAAAUUUGGAUGGGGUUGAUGCUAAACUUACGAGCAAGGCACUGAUUUGGGGCUCUCACAUACUGCGGCUAGAUGAUGUGAUUUCGCUGUCUUGCUGUGUUGGUCUUAGACAUUUUACUGUCCAUGCAUAUCCGGAUCGGAAGGGUUCGUGUCGCCUUUUCUCUAAAAGUGGGAGAAGUCGGAAGGACUUCCGUUUUUUUGCCUCAACCUCAGAUGAUGCCAUUCAGUGGGUCAAUGCUUUUGCAGAUCAACAGUGUUAUGUGAAUUGCUUGCCUCACCCAAUGGCUUCUAAGAAGCAGAGUUCAGAUCUGAUAUUCAACGAGUUUCCUCCUGAGUCAUAUAUAAGAAGUAAAAGUCAACCAAAAAUGCUCGUCAUUUUAAACCCUCAAUCUGGACGUGGUCGAUCAAGCAAAGUUUUUCAUGAUUUGGUUGAGCCUAUAUUCAAGCUUGCUGGAUUUGAGUUAGAAGUUGUCAAAACACAAUCUGCUGGUCAUGCUCGAAAACUUGCAGCCAGUGUUGAUUUCAGUACAUGUCCUGAUGGUAUUAUAUGUGUAGGAGGCGAUGGAAUCAUAAAUGAGGUUCCUAUGAGUUUUUCACUCUUUUCCUUACCUGAUUUUGUCUGUUCUGUGAAUGAGGGGAAACGGCUCGGGCAGUUGGUUAUAUUUCGUUGCUGCAUACAGUGACGAAUGUUUGAGCAUUAAAUUAGUGCUUCACCAUUGUUUUGCACUGUUGCAUAAGCAUUCUAACUUCUCAAAUGUACAUUUGAUGGCAGUUGUUGUAUUGGUAUAUGAACUAAUUGCCAUUCAUAUGGUCUGAAGGUGGCUAAUGAUUUGCCAAUUAUUAGUUAUUUUAUUUGUGUCAACCCAUCAAGUUCUUGAUCGUUUACUUUUGGUUACUCUAACUCUCAUAUGGUGAUAUCUGAAAUACAGGUUUUGAAUGGUUUACUCAGUAGAGAAAACCAGAAAGAAGCAAUUUCAAUCCCUAUCGGGAUCAUACCUGCUGGUUCUGAUAAUUCUUUAGUCUGGACAGUUCUUGGAGUUAGAGAUCCGAUAUCUGCAGCAAUAGCAAUAGUAAAGGGAGGUCUUACGGCCACUGAUGUUUUUGCUGUGGAGUGGAUUCAUACCGGAGCCAUUCACUUUGGGAUGACAGUUACAUACUUCGGCUUUAUAAGUGACGCCGGUUUCCUCAAAUUCCUAUGCUUGCCCAAGUACAGCUACGAACUCGAAUACCUCCCGGCCCAAACCGAAGCCCGCGAAGGCAAACUCUCGAACAAUCACAUAAUCGACAUGUCAGAGCUCUACACCGACAUAAUGCGCAGGUCUAGCAAGGAAGGCCUGCCCCGCGCCUCCAGCCUCUCGAGCAUCGACUCCAUAAUGACCCCUACCCGCAUAUCGGGUGCUGACGUGGACACCAACGAGCCGUCAGACUAUGUACGGGCCAUCGACUCUAAAUCCAAACGCCUCUCGGCUAGCAAAAACAUAACCGGGCUCGAGCCCGAGCCCGAAGUCAUUCACCGGGCCCUCCCUCUCUCGGCUACUCCUAACUGGCCCAGAACUCGGUCCAAAUCGAGAGCUGAAAAAGGCUGGGCCGUGUCAAAUGCUACCACCACAACAACGUACGAUAGGGAGGAUAUCUCGUCCACUUUAUCGGACCCUGGCCCGAUUUGGGAUGCCGAGCCCAAGUGGGACUCGGAGGCCCAUUGGGCCGUGGAGAACAACAACACCAUUGAGCUGCCGGGCCCACCUGAAGGGUCAGAAGGCAGUGAUAGGAAGGAGAAGGAAAGUGUGGGGAGAUGUGAUGAGGAGAAAUGGGUGGUGACGAAGGGCCAGUUUCUUGGGGUGCUCGUUUGUAACCAUUCGUGUAAGACUGUGCAGAGUUUGAGUUCUCAGGUGGUGGCUCCAAAGGCAGAGCACGAUGACAACACUUUGGAUUUGCUGAUGGUUCGUGGGAGCGGGAGGUUUAAGCUGUUGAGGUUUUUCUUGCGUAUGCAAAUGGGGAAACAUCUUUCCUUGCCGUACGUUAAGUCGGUUAAGAUAAAACCUGGAAAGCAUACGCACAAUGGAUGUGGCAUUGAUGGCGAACUAUUCCGAGUGAAUGGACAGGUCAUGUGCUCAUUACUUCCCGAACAGUGUAGACUUAUCGGGCGCUCUCCAUCUUCUUCUACCAAUUGAUUUAUCUUGGGAUAUUUCAAGUGUUAGUCCAUCUUUCAUGUUUGCUCUGUCAGACAAAAGAUCACAGCCGUAAGCUGUGUGUGUGUCUGUCUCUUGAAGAAGUUUGAGGUCUUUGUAAAUUUCUGUCGAUGCUUUUCAGUCUUUCCUGACAGAAUUUGAGGUUCUUGUAAAUUUUUGUGGUAUCAUAUACUCUCUCUCUCUCUCUCUCUCUCA